AUGGCCUCAGACCUCGGCGAGAUGAUCUCCAACAGCUCUCGUGAUUGGUUGGAACUUUCAACCUCAUCCCACCUGUUCGUUCCCCCAGCUCAACCCACGAGGCCGAACUGCGCCGCGCCGCAUCUUCAACCUCGCCAUUCGAAACCCGCGGGACAUUGGGAGCUCGAGGCCGGCCAUCUCUCAACACUCUUUUCUCCCUCACGUCGCCAUCUAUCUGGUGGAGGACACGGCACCUUCAGAAAAGCGACACCGAAACCUAACCUUGAUACCCUCACCCUCGCACGUCGCACCUCGACUCCCGAUUCCCGACCCCGACCUCGAUCCCAACACACCUCACGCAUCCCGCUCUCAAUGCUAUCCCGCGUAGUCUCAGAAUACUCCCGCGAAGCAAAGCCCGCCGCCGCCGCCGCCGCCGCCGUCUCCAAAGCCGCCAAAGCUCCCCCAAAGGCCGGCCGCAAAUGGCCCCUAUACUCUAACAACACGCAACUCGCAAACACAAUCUCGCUCAGCCCGCGAGAACUCUACAAGCGUAUCGGGAAAUGCCUCGCCUUUGGCUGCGACCCAGACCAGACCCAACGCGCGGCCAGUCUCCUGAGAACCAUCAACGACGAAUGGCGUAAUCUCCACGCAGUCUCGCAGGGCUUCUACGACCCCAAGAACUCGGCGUACACUGUCCGACUGCGAGAUGGCGAGCCGAGUCAUCGUCCAUGGCUGGGUAUAUCUCAAGCGUCUACCUUGACCCAAGUCGCUGAGCAGUCAAUCGCCCGUUUUCUGGAUCGCGUUCUCGAGACGGCAGAUCCUCAAGAUAGAUUAGAGUGGGAGCGUCUUCGCGACAGCCACACCUGCAACGAGACACUGACAACCAUGCACUGCCAAAACAAAUCGCCACCGCAAACCCGCGCCUCUCCGACACUCUCGCUCGAGCCGCAAGUUAUCAGCGCCUACACAAGGUUGCUGUCAAACGAUUACGAAGAAAAGUCCACCUUCCGCUUCAAGGUUGUAAUCUAUUCACACAAGCACUUCACCAAAAUAGCCGACUUGAACAUGCAUCUGAAGAUCUACACUCAUGACAGAAAAGGGCUGCCCUGGCUCAGCCGUGAACUGAAGCGGACAUAUCUCGAAAAUGGUCAUCAACCUGGAACUGGGUACAUGGAGAAGACCAGACGCCAAGGAGGACUUUGGCAGCGCCGCGCCCUAACGAAAUAUGAGUAUGAGAUGUGCACAAAUCCUUCUCACGGCACUGAGUACUAUCGCCAUCGGACCAAAGACGCGAGCAAAAUCCGUGGUCGAGCCGGAAACCCGAGACGGAAAGAGCGAGAGUCGCUCGUGCGAGUCGAGGCGAAAGCGGUCCUCUUCUUGAUGGCUGAAGAGAGCUUGAGGCCAUUCGACCCUACGGGCGACGCAAGAGAUACUCAAGUAGACUCAGAAAGGUACAGCGCGCAACUACUCGACGCCGUGAUCCUAAAAACCCCUGAUCAUGUGCCAAAUUUCAUCUUGGUACCAGUGAUUGGAACGGCUGAAAAGGACUCUUCACUGUCAAGGACAAUGCGUCACGGAGUCUUCUCGGCGGCACAGGCUCUGGAAAAGAGCAUCAGAGGCUCCGUGGAAAUUCGCUCCGUGAAAAAAUUUCUCAAAAUCAUCUUUCCAGACGUAUACGGCGCACCGGCUGGCCUCGCGUCCAGUGUCCGCCGUUGGAAAAUUCAAAUUCGUUCCGAGAGGGGCGGCGCAGAGAGCCCACCGGGAGAUCCGCAUCGCACGGAGCCGCCCUUGCGCUAUUACGUUGUGUCGCCUCACGCAUCCGUACAUGGGUAUUCUCGUUGUGUAUAUCCGUACCCAGACGACCAGAUGGCAGAGCGGUGCCACAGCCUGCAGACCGCCUUCAGAGUCAGCACCACAGUGCGAAAGGACAUGGGCGAGAGGGAAGUCGACCCCGCUAAGCAGCCGCAGAAAUAUAACGGUCUGCAGGGCACCAAUCAGCUCGCGACCGGAUCAUGGGCCGCCAAGUCUUUUUCCCUCGUCGAGAUGGAGGGGGAGGAGCCGCGAUUUUGCAAGUUGCUGCGUGUUGAGGUGAUUUGGGGCCUGGGGCUGCAUGAGAGGCGUGCCGUAGCUUGUGCUGCAGGAAGGCUGGCGUCUUGA